UUAUGUGUAUGUGAACAAUAACAUUUGAUUUGACGUUAAAUUGGACAAAAGCUGUAUCCCAUCUAGACAUCAACCCACUUUUGAAGGCAAUGUUUCUGUGUUCGCGGAUUCUGCAAUUGAAAAUGAGUCCAGACUUAAUCGAGGCCUAAGAACUUUUAGACAUUAUGGCUUGAACAUUCCAUUCUGAAUGACAAAGAAAGAAAUAUGGAGAGCAGAUGUGUUAGACUGAAUUGUUCCUUUUAAUAGUGGGUACUUAGAACAUGUAUGGUUUGGAGGCCUAUUGCAGAGUCAUCAUGUAUUGUCUAUAAACACCAUGCACAACAUAUAGGCUAUACAGACUGAGGGCAGGUAAUCAGGUAAUGAUGUUAUUAGUGAGUAGCUAUCUGUACAAUCUGCUGUGCUAAGAGAAGACAGUCACUUGUGUGACUGUGGCAGAAUGAUUACAGACAACAGAUUCACAAUUCCAUACACAUUCCUUACGAAGGGCUUUAUUAUGCAUUAUGUUCCAUAUGACAUGGCCUUCUACCAUCAUACUCUGUGUAUGAGUACUGAGUAGUGUGGGACUUGGUCUAUAAUAAUCACGGGAGUGAGGUAAUUCACUGGGGCCAUCUAGUGGUCAUCUCAGUAUCAGCUGGUGUAAUCAGCGAUGAAACUGGAGCAAAUAAGUUCCUAAAGUGAAAAUCUUCUUAACCUGUGAUCCAACAGUGGUGAGUUGCUAUAGUGAUUUGUGUUUUGUUAGGGCUUCUAAUGCUUCCGUUUCUGAUAAAGAUGAAAAAACGUAGUGAUGCUGUUCUUUCUUUACUUACAGAUACUAUGGAACUCUCUGAUGCUUUGUGUGGCUGUCCGUCCUCUGGUUCUACCCCCCAGGGAAGCAACAGUAUCUGGCCCAGUCAACAGCAACCAGGGGGUCCAGUCUGGCCGACACAGCCCAGCCAACAGCCCACCCAACCCCAACCCCCAUCCUGCUGGCCUGAGCAGCCCAGCAUCCCCUGCUGGCCUGGUCCUCAAUCAUCCCAACCAGCCCCAGCUCAACCUCAGGCCAUGCCUUGCUUUCCUGGGAACCCGAACACCCCCUGCUGGCCUGGGCAACAGCCAUCCCAACAAGCCCCAGGUCCGGCCCAAAACUGGCCUGGGCCACAGCCAUCACAACCAUCCCCAGCUCCAGCCCAAAACUGGAACUGGCCUGGUCCUCAACCACAACAUACCCAUCCAGCCCCAACCCAUCCCUGCCAGCCAUGCUGGCCUGGACCCCAGCCCCAGCCUCCCCAAUUACAGCCCCAGCCUACACCCCAGCCUUAUCAACCUCCAGCCUCAAUUCAAGCCCAGGCCCAGGGCCCCAGCCAGCCCAGUCCCCCAGGGUGGCCAGUCCCAGGCUUUAACCCAGGCGUUAACCCAGGGUCUGGAUGGCCAUUCGGCCCUGGUCAGGACCCAGGUGUACAAUCUAGUUGGCCUGAUCAGGACCCAGGUGGCUUCCCACCUGCUACACAGUGGAAUCCGACACCAACUGGACAGAAUGUGCCCUACAAACUGAACCUACAAAGAGGCAUCUACGACAAGAUGAUGCUCACCAUCAUGGGCCAGGUCAAACCAAACGCUAAGCAGUUCACAGUGAACUUUCUGCGAGGUAAUGACAUCGCCUUCCACCUCAACACUCGGUUCAAUGAGGGGGGCAAGCAGGCAGUGGUGAGGAACCACAAGAUGGGAGAGCACUGGGGGAAGGAGGAGAGGCACACACAGGGAGGCUUCCCCUUCAUGGCCGGUCAGUCCUUCGAGAUGAAGAUUUUGGUUACGUCUGGCGAGUUUAAGGUGGCUGUGAACGGAACUCAGCUGUUUGAGUUCAAACACCGCGUCAGAGAACUCAACCAGAUCGAUCGCAUCAACAUCCUCCAUGAUGUCAUCCUCACCUCUGUCAAUGUAGACACGAUACCAUGACAACCAUACAUAUGACAUCCCUAUAUUAUACAACACUCAGCAUAGGCUACAUGCAUAACAUAGUAUCAAUCUGCAGUUAUAGUCUUUGCAACUUUUUUAUGAUGAUGGUGAUGAUGAUUAUGAUGGUGAUAAUGGUGAUGAUGAUUAAGAUGGUGAUAAUGGUGAUGAUGAUUAUGAUGGUGAUAAUGGUGAGGAGCUGCAAACAUAAUACUGCAUUAAUACCCACUAACUCCACAAAAAAACAAAUGUGUGUAAUUUACAAGGUAUGAAGGACUAAGAAUUAAGCAAUGCCAUUUCAUUUAAAUGUGUAUAAUAUUUUAUAUCUAUUUUCUGUUGAACGUCUAUGUAAAUAAACAUACUUUAUGCUUA